AUAAUGGUAUGUAAAGUUAAUGACCUGUUUAAGGUAAUACGUGUUAAGAGCCGGAUUGAUCUAACUGUGAAUAAGUAGCAAAGAAUUAUAGAACAAAAUGAUGCCAAAGAAAAUAGUCCGUGUCCUUGUAAUCUUAUUUUAUAUAAUCGGUUUAAUAAGCUGUUUUGAUUGCACUGGAAAACCGAAUGGAGUAUAUGAAUCAAGCUGUCAGUCCGCCAUCUUUUGUACUGAUAACACGACAAGAAAAUUGGAUUGUACCAUACCAAAAGUUGUAAAUGAAGAGACGGGAGAAUGUGACAAUGCACUUAAUGUUCAUACUCCAUGUGGUACAUUCCGGGACUGCUCGGUAAGAGAUGAUGGAGGUUAUCCCGACUUGGAGACAAAUUGUCAAUGGUAUUAUAUGUGUUCUUAUGGUAUACUGUACGGACAUCAUAAAUGUGCAAAUGGUUUAGUAUGGAAUACAGUAUUACAAACAUGCGAUUUUCCAUUAGAUGUGUUGCCGCCGUGUGGCAGAAAACAUUGAGGAUAUUGUUGACAUAUAGUACUCUUGAUUCAUAAAUACAACAACUAUUUAACCAUGUUCAAUUUAAAUGGAAAUUAAUUCUAUGCAUAAUAUACUAGAAGCAU